UCCAGGGCAGGGGAAGCAGGGGUGGCCGGGCAGCUGUGCCCACAGUGAGCUCAUUUGCCGGCCUGUGCGAUUUCAUGCCAAGGCAUUACGAUACUGAAAGUCACCAGUACUUCUAAAACUGGGCACCAGGGGCCACAUGGCAGCCUAUUGAUUCAUCUAUGUGACAAAGCUCAUGCUGUAGUACGAUAGAAGAAUGCCUAUCAUCAAGAUACCAGUAAUAAAAAAGUUUGGGAUUAUCUCAACCAAAUAUCACAAUGAACUCCAGAAAAGGCUUUUGGAGAAAACAGAAGAAGGCAGAAGAAGAAAAAGUAAAAGAAAGCCUUUGGAAGUCACAGAGGAAUUCAUCAAACAGUUUAACGCUGCAGAAGAAGUUGAGGAUCAAGAGCCCAUGCUUGACACUGCUAGAAAAAUCCUUCAUCGGUGCAAGGGACAAUCACGACUUCAUUCAAAAGGUUCUGGCCAUUGUGGAAACCUUCAACUUGCAUGGACUGAAUUAAUUUUAAUAGCUCAGUGUAAAGGAAAAAUUCAAGAAGAGGCAUUGGAUUUACUAAUGUUGUCCCUUGAUGGAGCUGAAUCGAGCCAAGACCAAAUCGGUGUGUUGUUCUUUAUUGCUGAGUCAGUUCUGUAUAGAAUCGGUUGUGAUGCUGCUCAGAAGCCAUACUUGUUCACUAGUGAAGUGAAGCUUUCAAAGGUUGGCUUUUUGACUUUUAUAAGACUUUAUACCUUUUAUCUCCUUGGGCAUCUACAACAUUUUGAGGAGCAAAAAAAGAGACUUUCUACAUAUCUAAAAGCACUGACAGCUUGCGAAACUACAUAUCAGCCAUAUCCAAAUGUUCUUUCAGCUAUGCACGUGAUGUUCAAAGUAGGAGAAAUCAUAUGUGAUUUAGACACUUCCCAUGAAACAAAGAUAUUUUCACAGAAGCAACCAGAUCUCCAAGACAAAUUGAGUUUAGAUUCAAGAGCAGCUGAAGCAGACACAUUUCUUUGGCAUGCGCUUCUGAUUUGGCAGCACAUUCAAAAUAAUAGGACAAAUUUACAUGAUGUUAGCAAGCUUCUUUUCCUCCUAAAGGAACAUCUCCAUCAAGAAAACUGGUUGGAUGUACUUCUUGCCUUAUUAAUCUUGGGAGAUGCUGCAAAAAAUGACAUUUUCUAUUUAAGAACAUUAGAAGAAAUUGGUUGUGAAUUUCUAACAACUUUUCAAAGACAGCCUUUAAUCUCUACAUUGGGAACUUAUCCAGGGCCACUGGAUAUUAUUAAUGUGUAUACUAUGGUGCUAGCAGGUAUUUGCUUGCAUGGAGCCACGUCUGAAAUCCAAAAGCAUGCAUUUAUUGGAUUCCAGAGUGAAAACACAUGGAUUAUGGAAAGCACAGAAGCCAGUUUGAAUGGUUUACUACAUUUUAAUCCUCCAAAUACAUCAGAUUCCGACCAAUUAAAGUGGAUUAUACAUUACUGCACAGUUUACAAUUUAGCUAAAAUAUGUCAUGAGCUUCAAUGGGAUGCCAGUAGGGAUGGCCUAAAAAAUGCAAUAUGUAAAGCACUGGACAAAUGGAGAAGUGUACAAAACAGCACACAAGUCCUGGAUGCUGAGAAGGUUGCAGAGGCUGAGGUAAAUGGUCCUACAAAUCCCUUUAUUAGUGCAACUGCUAAGACUCUGUCAGCCACUGAGAGCCUGGCCUUUUUUCAGCAUGUGGGAUGCAGACUUGCAAGUGCACUUUCACAGCAGUUCCUACCCCCUGUGGUGCCCUACAUCCCUACGCCUCGGAAACCUUUUCAGAAACAGGUGCCUAGAAAAGUUCUUGAUGUAACAGAACACAGCAUGGAUAAGAAAACAUCACGUCUCUCUUUGAGGCAAGAACUUGUGCAAAAAGGGCCAUCUCUUACUCCUCCAUUAGAUUUUUUCACGCGGGCUAGCAUGGAUUUGCAAAAAGUUAUUGAAGAUCAGUGGGCAAAGGAGCUGUUAAUUCAAAUGAAGGAGGAGGAAGAAGAGAUGAAAAAAGAGAAGCAAGAAAAGCAAAAGAAAGAAGAAGAACAGUCUAACGAAAAAAUAAGGAAAAGAGAACAGAAACUAGGGAAAACAAGCAAACCUUAUGAGCUUCCUUGGUCUGUGGAGACAAUAACACAUGACAAAAUGUAUUAAAAUAAAGUUACAAUAAUCUGGUAAUUUUUAUUCCUAGGCUAUUUAAAAAAAAAUAGAUACUUCAAAAAUACAUGUGUGUUAAUUUUAUAUUUUGAGUAUUAUUUGUGUCAUCUCUCAAAAAUAAAUCAAAAAGAAAUAUAA